UGGGGGGGUAAUGUAGAAAACUGAGCUUUAGUUCAGAUCUGCAGUUCAGCAUGGAGGCGACUGUCGCUCCAGACGAUGCAGACAUGGGAACUGUAAACAAGGACCUGUCCGGCUCCAGCGGGACGUCCUGCCCCGGGAGCAGCGGGACGGACUGUGGGUGCGGGACGGGACCCUGCUGUGAGGAUACAAGCUGCUUCAUUUAUUACGAGCUGUGGUGGUUCUGGAUGCUCUGGACGGUUCUGAUCGUGUUGAGCUGCUGUUGUGUUUUGAGACACAGGCAGGUGAAGCUCCGCCUCCAGCAGCGGCGGCAGAGAGAGAUCGAGCUGAUGGUUUAUCAACGAGCCUGUAGAUACACACCCCCCCACCUGCAGAUCAGUUACCUCGGUCCCACCAAGCUGCCGUCCUAUGAGGAGGCUGCAGCCGAGCUCAGAGCUCCACCCCCUCCGUACAGCGCUGUGUUUGUCCUGCAGGGCGGCGCUCUACUCUCCUCCCGCAGCUCCGGGACCUUUAGCUCCUCCUCCUCCGAGUCCAGCUCUCUGUUCUCUAGCUCCGCCCCCACGGACGACCUGCUGACCAGCAGCGCCACCACGCCCAGCGACUCCGUGCCCUGCUUAGCUCCACCUCCCAUAGCAGAAGAGACCAAUCCUGAACAGUCGGUGUGUGGGACAACACUGUUGCCACACCCACAGGAGGUGGAGUCUAUCUUACACAAAGAAGGCGGAGCCGAGGAGAGAGCCAGAGCCCCGCCCUCUGCCGGCAGACACGCCGCGUUCUCCUCCAGUGUGUCGGUGCUGGAGAUUGAGGGGCGGGGCAGCGAAGAGGACCUGAAGGAGAACAGGUUCCGGAUGCGCACUCUGACGGGCGACUCCGGGAUCGAGGUGUGUCGCUGCAGAGUGAUCCAGGAGGAGGAGGAGGACGAAGAGGAGGAGGAGGGGCGUGAAGUGGGUGGAGCUUGGCCUAUCCAUGAUAGUGUGGACUGUCCACGGCGGACUUUUUCUGACCAAUCAGAGCUCUCAGCGGUGGGCUGCAGUCAUUGCGGCUCCGCCUACUGCAAGCAGAGGGGCGGAGAUUCCUCAGUUACAGUGGAAUCCUUAUAAAAACAACCAAUGAAAUGUGUGAAAGGAAUUAUUUGUAAAUGAAACAUAUUUUUAAAUUUGUAUUUUAUUCCUCGAUUAGCUGCGACGCAUUUAGCACUUCUUUAGAUUUACGCUGCUAACAAUGCUAACAGAUACCAAAAUAUAUGCCUUAUCAAUUAGCCUGAUGCUAAUAAUAUUUUGUGUCUGUGUUUUUUAAGCUUUUUAUUUAUUAUUAUUCCUUUAAUGCAGCAGCAGCGCCUCCUGUGGCAGUGUUUAUAACACUUUAUAAAAACACUGAGCUUUUGCUCAGUCUUACCUCCAUAUCCCAAAUCUCCAUUUAUUACUCUGUAGGUAGAAGUAUAGAUACUCAUGUUUAUAAAAUACUUCUGUAGAAGAAUCAACUCAAGCUUUUUAUUCUUUAAGUAAAAGUGUAAAAGUACUGGAUUCAAAAAUACUUAAAGUAUAAAAGUAAAAGUAAUGUAAGGAGAAAAAUUAAACCCAUUAAGAACAGAAGCUUAGGCCACGCCCACAGAGUCCUAUAGUGCACUACAC